AUGGCCCAGUGGUAUGAUGCACAUGCCCUGGCACUGCCCGAAAUCAAGCCUGUAAACGAGGUUAUGCUAGACCGGCGCUAUGUGCAAACAAAACGGCCACCGGGAAAAUUGGAUCAGAAAAAGAUGGGACCCUUCAAGGUCUUAGAAGCUAUUGGUACCCGUGCCUACAAGCUCUCCCUUCCCUUGCAGAUGGGAAUCCACCCGGUCUUCCAUGUCUCUCUCCUAGAACUCUAUAGAGUGCCGGUAGACCCUGAGAGAAGAGUUCCUCCACCGGAACCUGAGGAAAUUGCCGGAGAACACAACUGGAUCGUCCGGGAAGUAGCUGAUAGCCGGGUCACUAAGAAGAGGAGAAGGGUAGAAUACCUGUUGCUGUGGGAAGUAUAUGAAAAUGAGGACGCGACAUGGGAACCCUGGGAACAUCUCAGAAAGAGUGCGGAAGAAGCCCUCCGGAAUUUUCACAUGAGGUAUCCUAACAAGCCAAGAGACAGAAGGACUCUGGGGCAGUAG